CACCUGGCGAUGCGCCCGUCGGUCCUUCAAGGGGCAGUCGCGGCGCCAGCAAGCCUCUCCUCUUUGUCCCCGAUCUGCCUUCCAAUCCGCGCAACAUCAGCCAUGAGCCAUCUCACCGCCAACUGCAUCUUCUGCAAGAUCAUCCAAGGUGCCAUCCCCUCCCAUAAGAUCCUCGAGACCGAGCUGACCUACGCCUUCCUGGACAUCAACCCCAUCAGCACCGGCCAUGUCCUUGUGAUCCCCAAGUACCACGCCCAGUUCUUCCACCAGGUGCCCGAGGCCCACCUCGCUGACCUGCUCCCUGCUGCCCAGAGGAUCGUCAAGGCCCUCGGCCCUGCCCAGUACAACCUGCUCCAGAACAACGGCCGCCUCGCUCACCAAGCUGUGGACCAUGUUCAUUUCCACAUCAUUCCCAAGACUGAGACUGAAGGCCUCGGUAUCCAGUGGCCCAUGAAGAGCCCUACCCAGGAGGAGCUUGCCGCCAUCAAGGCCCAGAUUGUCUCCAAGCUCGAGGAGAGCAAGUAGGAAAGCGAUGCGCUUCCUGCAGUGCUAGGCGGCUCAAAUCAAGAUCCUGCCCGUCGUGUGCCCUCCCUUUGAGGUCUCAAUCGACAGCGCGAUCGAAAUCCGUCUCUGUAAUAAACACCCUCCACCGGAUGGAUCAUCGAAUAUACCGCACAGUCACCUGUA